AGAAUGCUGUCAAUGAAUACGAUAUUUGGUGAUUAUAUGGCCACUGGCUCCCCGUAUAGCUCGUAUUUUAUUUACAUUGACCGGUCAAACGUGGCAAGUCAACUCACAUUCUCUCUCCCUGCCUACGUGUCAGUGAAUGGAAAAAACAAAUAGAGGAAAAAGAAACAUGCGUCGGUCGGUCAGUCACUCUUCACAAUCUUAUAGUAUCAUUGAUAAUGGAGUGUGCGCCGGUCACCGGGUCGCAUACAUUAUAUAUGUAGUUGCUGCAGAACGAAUAGAUAUACCCCCACAACCAACCCCAAGCCCACCGUACCCAUCUUCUUCCAUAGUCUUCCUCUUCUACCUUUGCUCCAAAGAUGGCCGGGUCCUUCGUCCUGAACACCGGCGCAAGGAUCCCAUCGAUCGGCCUCGGCACAUGGCAGAUAGAACCUGAUGUUGUUGGCGACGCCAUCUACGCUGCUGUCAAGGCUGGAUAUCGGCAUAUUGAUUGUGCUCCAGCAUACCACAAUCAGAAACAGGUUGGUUUGGCUUUAAAGACAUUGUUUGAGGAUGGUGUGGUUAAGCGUGAAGAUUUGUUUGUCACCUCUAAACUAUGGUUUGGUGAUCAUGCACCUGAAGAUGUGCCGGAGGCAAUUGACACUACUCUUAAAGAUUUGCAGCUUGACUUCUUAGAUUUGUUCCUCGUUCAUGGUCCAGUCCGGAUCAAGAAAGGAACUACGCUGAGCCCUGAAAAUUUGCUUCCACCGGAUAUCACUGCUACAUGGGGAGCGAUGGAGAAACUAUACGCCUCCGGCAAGGCCCGAGCAAUCGGUGUCAGUAACUUUGCUUGCAAGAAGAUGGAUGACUUGCUUGCCGUCGCACGCGUGCCUCCAGCAGUCAACCAGGUUGAGUGUCAUCCGAUUUGGCAGCAAGACAAGCUCCGCAAACUAUGCCAGUCGAGGGGUGUUCAUCUUUCUGCAUAUUCACCAUUAGGUUCACCUGGAUCACCUCUAUCUGUGGUCAGUGGUGCUAGUGUCCUUAACAAUCCUAUUGUCACCUCUGUUGCCGAGAAGUUGCAGAAAACGCCUGCACAGGUCGCCCUACGCUGGGGUCUUCAAAUGGGCCAGAGUGUACUUCCAAAAAGCACCGAUGAAGCAAUGAUUAAGGAGAACUUUGACAUAUUUGAUUGGUCCAUUCCCGAAGAUUUGAUGGCCAAGUUCUCCGAAAUCAAACAGGCAUGUUUGAAGUUGCUGAAAGCGGAAUUCGCAGUCCACCCUCUAAGCAUUUACAAAACCUUGGAGGAUCUUUGGGAUGGAGAAAUUCAAAGCACAUCAACUUCUCUAGAAUGAACAGACUGAAUGAGCAAGUGAAAGGCACUGCAUAUACGCAGUAUGCCAUGUGUGUUGUUGAAUGAAGUUAAUUAGUUACUUUACAGAUAUUUUUCAUUUCUUUCUUGAACAUCUGAUAACCUAAUAAUCUGUGCCACUGAUCCAAGAAGUUU